GUGGUAACAUACUUCAUUCACCCACAAGAUCCAAAUCAGCGAAUCUAUGUCUUGCUGGACAUCUGUUAUAUGCUGAAGCUUGUCAGAAUACCUUUGCAGAGUGGGGGAUAUUAAUCGACAAAUAUGGUGGAAAGAUUCAAUGGGAAUAUGUGAUACAAUUGCAAAAGUUGCAAGAUGAAGAAGGCCUCAGGCUUGGAAAUAAACUGAAGAAAGCACAUAUUAAUUGGAAACAACAAAAGAUGAAAGUGAAUUUGGCUGCACAGUCUCCUAGUGCAAGCGUGGCAGAUGCCAUAGAAUUUUGUAAAGAUACCAGAAUAAAGAUACCAGAAUUUCCGGGAUCCGAAGCAACAGUUACAUUUAUCCGAAAUUUCAAUCAACUGUUUGACAUCCUUAACUCAAGAAACCCACUUGCCAAAGGCUAUAAAGCCCCGAUGAGUUUAACCAACAAGACCACAUGGGAUCCAUUCCUUACUGAUGUGUAUGAAUACAUACUCGGACUGAAAAACACUUUUGGUCAACUAAUGUGCAAGACAAAGCGGAAGACUGGAUUUGUGGGAAUUCUAGCAGGCAUCAAGAGCAUGAAGCAGAUGUUUCAUGACUUGGUCGAAACGGAACAUGCCCCACUGAAGUAUAUACUUACUUACAAAAUGAGUCAAGAUCAUUUAGAGUUGUUUUUCGGUGCAAUUCGUGCUUGUGGUGGGUUCAACAACAAUCCCACCACACAACAGUUUACUGCAGCUUACAAGCGCUUGUUGCUACGAAGCCACAUUGAAGGAGAAAACGGUAACUGUGAGAAACGAGACCCAAUAGACAUUCUUAGUGCCAUUGGUGAUUCAUGCAAUGUGAAUGGUAAGGAGGUCACAAUUAUAAAUGCUGCUCUAAUACGAAAGUAUGAUCUGGUGGAGGUGAGCCAUGCUGAAAUGGAGGAUUACUCUGAUUGUCCAAAUAUUUCUACAAUAUCUCCAUACAAGAAAGCUGCAAUCUCCUAUAUAGCUGGAUAUGUGGCAAAGAAAGUCAAAGCCAGUAUAAUUUGUACCAAAUGUUGCGAGGCGCUUGGUUCGGAAAGAACACAUGCUGCUUCCAGUUUCCUCGCUCUAAAGGAUCGUGGAGGACUAUUCAUGCCAACACCGAGUGUGAUUAAAGUGUGUGAAGAGAGUGAAAAAUGUUUUCAGAGAAUGUUAGCAGUAACAUGUGGACAACUUCCCCAUGCAACAGGAAUUCUAGAUGCAAUUGUUGUUGCUGUGUUGGGUGUUUUGUGCAUACAUAGCUUGUUCAAGGAGCUCAAUGAUCAUCAGUUUGAUUCUCCAGUGGAUCAAAACCAUAUCAUACUUCUGACAAAGAAAAUCAUCAAGUGCUAUUGCAAGGUGAAGCUUUUCCAUCUUGGAAAGAAGGCCACAGAGAAUGGAUCGGGGAAAAAUAUUAGAAAAAAGUUGAACAAACUAGUGCUUUUCAACCAUCAAUGAAAAUAUAAUAAAAUGUUGAAAUGGCAUUUUGGCAAAUGAACAUACAGAACAACUAUGUUGUUUAUAUUAUAACAAAUUGGUGUAUUAAAAUAAGUAAAUUGCUUCAGUCUGUUUGGUAUAAUGUUAUAAACAAGCCUAUUAUUAAAAUCAAGUAAACGCUUAAUCAGAAGAUGUUUACACGGACACGAAACUUGUUUUUCGACACAUAGUUAAAAGAAAUGAAGAAACUCACCAUUUGUUCUUUAUUUAUACACUGGACCUGGCAUAUAAACCGCUUGUCUCGAGAAACACUCAUAUUCCGUUUGUCUCGAAAAACACUAACAAUGUUAGCAAUGUUACAUCUUUAUAG